CUCGAGCUCAGCGCCAGGCUGUGGGCCUGUGGCCAUCCAGCAGCGCUCCGGACGCGCAGCCGUCGAGGCGAACGGUUCCAAGGGAAAUCGUUCGAAGGGCCUCCGUGCGAACGGUUGGCUGUCCGACGGGUAGUACUACCCGAGCUCAUUGGGCAGCCCCAUCACACAACGACCACCGGACGGCACGGCACGUAAACCAGGAUGGGCUUCGCCGGCAUCGAGAACCCCGCCCCGCCGCCCACCCAAGAAGAACAAGCGACCUUCGCUAGACUCAUCAGAGAGACGCACAUGGAGACCACAACGGUAGGUACAUUAUUGAAAGCAAAAACGUGGCCCGGCCUCCUCUUCUCCACCCUCACGGAACUCAAGCGCGCCACGAAACAAAAGAAGCUCGACCCGAACUCCUACAUGGCCCACGCCUUCCACGAGGACGGCGGCGACUCCGACUCCGAGGACGAAAAGGCCUCGGCCUUAUUGAUUACCGACGAUAAAGAGGAGGAAAAACAAUGUGAAUUGGCGUGGGACUGGCCGCGGCGCCGCGACAAGGUCCUCAAGACCAUGGAGGAGAAGAUGGCCGUGCCUAACUUGUUGGCGAUCGACCUGGUGAACGAAUGGACGCGAGCGGCGAAGCUCGAGAACGACUCGAUGAACCGAAGGAUGGCGGCCUACAUGGCUCGGGAGCGACCAGCACCGAAGUCCUUGAAACCGCGGGAUCUGCUACGGUCUUUGUCGGAUUUGGCCCUGGCAGAUGCUACGAUGGAGUCUCCAAAUGACGCAUCAACGGUAGAUGUCUUGGUGGGUGCGGCCUGGGCCUUAGAUCGAAGUAAAGAUGACGCGAAAAGUGCAGCGAUGCACGCGGCCUUCCAUGCGGCGGCGUUUGCCUUUGAUCAUAGGAGGAUGCCGCGUUCACCACCUUACUCGGAUGAUGACGUGUUUGAUCUCGCAAGACAUUUGCUCACUUUAAGGCGGGGCUUCCCCGUGCGGCUCAAGGAUGAUCCUCGGGACGUGGCGUGUGAAGGUGCACAGGGUGUAUUGAGGGAGCUCUUGGGGUCGGAGUCUCCAGCGGCGCGAUGUGCCGCGUGCGCGGCUUUAGCUGAUUGUGCGCGCUACGGCGACGGCGCGCGAUCACUCGGCCCCGCGCUCGCCGUGUUUGUGGCGCCGCUCAUACCGUCGCCCGCCGUCGCCUGUCGACGGAAAGGUUCACAUAGUAAAGGUGCCGGCGACCUCGGACCCUUGUUGGCGUGUGCCGCUGUUGGAGAAUUAGCAGCAAGGGACCAUACAUCUACAAGACCGUCACUCAUAAAAGCCGGGUGCGUCGAGAAUCUGGUGCGGGCCAUCCUCGACGCUCUACAAGAUUCGAAGGAUCUUGGGGGUGAUUCGUCAGCGGCAUCGCGCUUGGUACCGCGAUAUGCGUUGAAAGCUUUAUGUUUCCUGUGCGAGGACGCGAAAGCACGACGACGAGCCAUUGAUGCCGGCGCGGUGGAAGGCUGCAAACGCUUGGUGCAGCGAGAUGUUGACUCGAGAAGUUCGACAGUGAGAAUUGCCAAGCGGGACGCUCUACGGUUCCUAGCGUCGUGCAUGACCUUCGAGGAGGGCCAUUCCCUAGAUGUUUGCAUGGUGCCGGGAGCUAUCCAACUCACUGCUGCGAAAGAAGUGCAGACGAGGAACGCCGCGUUUAGAUCCUUGUUAUAUAUCGCACAACAUACGGAAGAACCGAGCUAUCUGGUACAUGACACGGGCUUGUUAGAAGCCAUGGAGGACGGCCUCAACCAGUACACGCUGCGAGGUACGGUACUAAGGUUACUCUUAGUACUCGCCAAACACCCAGAAGCGCAAGCCGAACUAAAGAGGUGCGGGUUUGCCGAUAUAGUAACAGAUCAAGCGGAGGACGAGUCGAACAGCAUCAUGAACAAGGGAAUAGCGGUAAGAAUUAUGUUCACGAUGGGCGAGGAGGCCUUCUUUAAUGAUGGGUUGGCCUUCGCGUGCGCCGGCAAGGAUAAAGAUUUCCGAUUUGAGGUCAAGGAGUUCGAGAAACUCAUUAGGGAGCGGAAGAUGCAGGUCGCGUAUCAAUGUCGACCGGAGGAGGAGCACAUGUUCGAAAAACACCAGUUAAAGGCUUACAAGCGCUUAUUUAACAUCUACUCGGAGGGUAGCGGCCAGGAGCGGUCGGUAGAUACGAAAACUAUAAGGGAUCUACUACGAAAAUGCUGCGCCGAGUUCAAGGACUGGAAGGCUCGUAGAGCGAUGACGAAGAAGAACGUGGCGCGCGUCGUCGCGAUCUACGACGCGGACGGUUCAGGAGAAAUAGAAUGGGACGAGUUCCUGAACAUCAUGCACGACAUGACGCAAGGGAGCUUCUUGGAUCGGGUGACGGGCUGGGGCUUCUUCUAA